UUUCAUCAACACAGGGAAUUUCCAUCUUCUCUUUCCACGCCCAACUUCCCAGCCCAACCACUUAGGAUAAAAGUCUGAAAGGCAGGCUCAUUCUUUAUUCCAUUCCUUUUCAGCUCCAGAGAUGGCUAGCUCCUGUCUUCUUCAAGUACAUUCAGAGAAUUGGCAGGAGCCAAUGAAAUUAACUGCCCAGAAGGAAGACCUGGUAAAGAAGAUUAAUGAACGUAUUCAGUCUAAAACCAAGGUCCCUGUAGAAAACCAAUUGCUCUCUUGGGGCUCCCAGGUCCUAAAACCUGAAAGAAAGUUGUCCCACUACUGGUUGGACACCAGUACAACUAUUCACCUCACCCUGAAGGUGGUGGAGCCAAGCGAUGAAGAGCUGCAAGUGUUUCUGGUAGGGACGAAUGGAGGAAAGAAGCACCUGCUCCACAUCCGGCGGUCUAGCUCAGUGUCUGAGGUGAAGGAGAAGAUCAUGGCCAUAGCAACAUUGCCCCCCAAGGCCCAGCGUGUGAUAUGCAAUGGCAAGGAGCUAGAGGAUGGGAAGAUCAUGUCUGAUUACAACAUCCAACAGGGUUGCACUUUCUUCUUGUGGGGGAGGUGCAUAGGAGGCUAACCAGAGAGGAGUCCUGGAGUCAAGAGGAAAUGUGGUUCAUACUUUCCAGUUAAUUCCUGCUUAUACUGAAUAUAAUCCUUGAUAACUUGCAACAAAAAAUCAGAAGAAAUUCAAAAAGUAGAGAAGACAACAGCAGCAGUAGAGAGCAAAUAGAAAAAGAGAUUGAUAAAGGAAAUGUAACUAAGGAAUUCAUUUCAAGCCUAAUAAUUUUAUAAUACUAUGCUUCUAAAGUGACCCUUAAAUAAAAUUCUUUAAAUGCUUUUUAUGCACAGGCA